AUGGCUAAAACAAAUAAGAAGCGCACAGGAAAAUCUUCUGGGAAAAGAAGUGAUAAUCAGAAUGAGGAUGAUGAUUGGGUUAUUGUUAAAAAGCAGAGAGUCAUCAUUCUAGUGCCUGCUGCACCUCUUAGUGAAAGAUCCUCAACAGAAAACGCAGAGCCGAAUCACAUGCAUCCUAUGCCUUCUGUAACGUCAAGUAACCACGAGGAACUUCCCACGGAUAGUGGUAAUGAAAAUCCUUCUUGUAAUGAACAAGAGAAGACCAUUUCAUUGGCUGGCCAAACAGAGAUUCAUACUGUGACAAAAGCUGCACCUUCCUUGUUACUUAAAUCACCUUCAGCCAAUUCACCACGGGUAGAUCAAAGGGUAGAAUCAGAAAAUCCACAUCAAGUCAGUAGUUUGAAGUCCCAGAGGUUAGUUGGAUUGUCUAAUACAUCAAAAGCUAUUAAGCAGCCAAGAACUUUACUUGCACCAAGGUCCUCCAACUUGUCCACUUUGAAUCGAGGUCUGAGAGCGUCAAAUCUCGAGAGAAAGCUUGAAAGAGCUGGUGGGUUGAACAAGUGGCUGACAUCACUUGGAUUGGAUCAGUUUGUGAGAAUGUUUCAGGGCAAGAUUAUCAGUAAGUAUCAGCUUGUGAAUCUAACCAUGAAAAAACUCAAGGAUAUGGGUGCCAAUGCGGUGGGACCUCGCAGGAAGCUCAUCCACGCCAUGGACUGUGUUUGCCAGCCAUAUUGCUUUGAGGCGAUAUAG